AUGUCUAAAAUCUCCCAGUUAGCUGGGAUUACAGUUGCAUCUUCUUAUUUUGCCCAAGAUCUCUGGCCAAAGCAGGGCAUAAAAAAUCAUUUCCAAAAAGUGAUACUGAGAAGAUAUAAAAAAUGUGGACAUGAAAAUGUACAGUUAAGAAAAUGUCAAAGCGCGAAUGAGUGUAAGGUGCACAAAGAAUAUUCCAACGGACUUAACCAGGUUUUGACAACUACCCAGAGCAAAAGAUUUCAAUGCAACAAAUUUGUGAAAGUCUUCCAUAAAUAUUCAAAUUCAAACAGACAUAAGAUAAGACAAAGUGAAAAGGAACCUUUGAAAUGUAAAGAAUGUAAUAUGUCAUUUUGCACACUUUCACAUUUAGCUGAACAUAAAAGAAUUUAUACCAGAGAACGACCCUACAAAUUAAAAAUAUGUGGCAACGCCUAUAAUCAGGCCUCAAACCUUUCUACAUAUAAAAAAAUUUAUACUGGAAAGAAACCCUACAAAUAUGAAGAAUGUGGACAAACCUUUAACCAGUUCUUACACCUCACUACACAUAAGAAAAUUCAUACUGGAGAGAAAACCCACAAAUGUGAGGAAUGUGGCAAAACUUUUAACCACUUCUCAACCCUUACUAGACAUAAGAUCAUUCACACUGAAGAGAAACCCUACAAAUGUGAGGUAUGUGGCAAAGCUUUUAACCAAUUCUCAACCCUUACUGGACAUAAGAUCAUUCAUACUGGAGAGAAACCCUACAAAUGUAUGGAAUGUGGCAAAGCUUAUAACCACUCUUCAAUCCUUGCUAGACAUAAGAGAAUUCAUACUGGAGAGAAACCCUACAAAUGUGAGGAAUGUGACAAAGCUUUUAGCCGUUCUUCAAUCCUUACUAGACAUAAGAGAAUCCAUACUGGAGAGAAAUCCUACACAUGUGAAGAAUGUGGCAAAUCUUUUAGGUGGCACUCAGGCUUUAGUAGACAUAAGAAGAUUCAUACUGGAGAGAAAUCGUACACAUGUGAAGAAUGUGGCAAAUCUUUUACGUGGCACUCAGGCUUUAGUAGACAUAAGAAGAUUCAUACUGGAGAGAAAUCCUACACAUGUGAAGAAUGUGGCAAAUCUUUUAGGUGUUCCUCAACUCUUACUACACAUAAGAGAAUCCAUACUGGAGACAAACCCUACAAAUGUGAGGAAUGUGGCAAAGCUUUUACCCACUCCCCAAGCCUUACUUAUCAUAAGAGAAAUCAUAUUGUAGAGAAACUCUACAAAUAUGAAGAAUGUGGAAAAACCUCUUAUCGAUUCUCACACCUUACUACACAUAAGGGAAUUCAUACUGGAGGGAAACCCUACAAAUGUGAAGAAUGUGGCAAAGCUUUUAACCAUUCCUCGAUCCUUAGGGGACAUAAGAUCAUUCAUACUGGAGGGAAACCCUACAAAUGUGACGAAUGUGGCAAAGCUUUUAACCGCUCUUCAAACCUUGCUAGACAUAAGAGAAAUCAUACUGGAGAGAAACCCUACAAAUGUGAGGAGUGUGGCAAAGCUUUUAACCACACCUCAAUCCUCAAUAGACAUAAGAGAAUUCAUACUGGAGAGAAACCCUACAAAUGUGAAGAAUGUGGAAAAACCUUUAACCAAUUCUCACACCUUGCUAGACAUAAGAUAAUUCAUACUAGAUAG